AUGAUGCAACUUGCAAAAGCUCUUCACUUGAAGGGUUUCUCAAUCAUAGUUGCUCAGACAAAGUUCAGUUACUUCAGCACUCCAGAUGACUUCACUGAUUUUCAGUUUAUCACCAUUCUAGAAAGCUUACCUGAGUCUGAUCUGAAGAACCUCGAGCAAAUUCGGUUGGCUCUUAAGCUCAACAAAGAGUGUCAGCACAACAAUUGCCACGGCAUUUCGUUGUCGCUCUGUAUUGACAAACCGACAGCUUCCUCUGUAAUAAUCAACACGGCAAGCUGUCUAGAGAGUUCAUCUUUGUCUUGUCUGCAAGAAUCACUAGAAAUUCCGGUGUACCCUAUAGGUCCUCUUCACAUGAUGGCCUCAGCUCCCUCGAGUCUGCUUGAAGAGAAUAAGAGCUGCAUCGAGUGGUUGAACAAGCAAAAGCAAAACAGUGUGAUAUUCUGA